UCCCUCCGUUCAUUUCGCCAAUAUUCAUCUUUGUAUUGCCAUUUAAAUGAACUCAUGUUCCGUAUGAGAUGUUCACAAAUAACUUUAUAUCAACAACUGACAUGGAUCGUGAACAUAAUACAUGUAUAUUAAAUGUGUGAUUCAAGUCAAGUUUAAUAUUCUUAAAAUUAAGGAAUAUGCCUACUUCUGGUUGUACGGACAUCACCAGUGUUGGAAUUUCGGACGGAUCUUUUGUCGUGUUCGACUGGGAUAAUACGCUAAAGCUUUACAACAAGGAGACAAAGUCGAUCUCAAGCAGGGUGGACAGGGAUGUGCUUCUGGCAUGGAAGCGUGGGCGGGGGUGCCGGAUGUACAUUAUUAGCGCCAUAUCCCCGUCUCGCUUAAACCUCGAGACACUCCUCAUGGAAGUGGAACGGCUGGGGUUGAGAGAUGUGUUUGUGGAACCGGGAGAGGGGAUCGUGCUGGUUCCCGGCAGGUACGCCCGCAAAGGAGGCGUGGUCGUGUGUGGGUACGAUAAGGCCGAGACAUUUCUUGAGAUCAGCGGAUUUGGUGGAGUGGAAUUCACACAAGACGAUGAUGAACACGCCGACGGAAUAUCCGCUUCGACAGCCAAAGUAGCCGAUAAUGUUGCACUAGAAACAAGUAAAAAUCGGGUUUCAGUACCUGCCGUUUUCUUUUUUGACGACGAGGAAGUCAAUGUGAAUAACUUUAGUUCGAUUGUGCCAGGGAGUAUGUGUUAUUUGGUUAAAUGAAUACUUAGUUACUAACCUUGGCUUAUUAAAGCGAGCAACUUCGAUAUUCGUGUGCUGACUCAGCGACGGAAGCAGACGACCAACUCUACCUAUUGUUUACAUCACCAUAAUCAGCCCCUAAAGAUCUCGUGUCCUAUAGCACAGUGAUAAAAAACGACUGUACCCAUACAUCAAUAAAGCUGACUUGUAUAUAUAUACUAUUAGUUGACAAUACUUAGAUGCUUUGAUUUAUUUGAAGUCACAGUCCUCAUGGGAGUGUCAUAACGAAAUUGUAAGAUCCGAAGGGAAGGCGGGGGUUGUUAGCGUCACGGAUUUUGAAUUCGUAAGCUUCAGUAUAAUAUUUUCACUCAGUGAUUACUGAAGUCCAUACCUCACACCAGAAAGGGCAGCCUUCUUUUU